CCUCCUCUUCUCCCUCCUCCGCUGCCUGUCCCGUAGGUCGAGGGGUGUCCUCUCCCCCUCCCUCGGGUUUCAGAGGGGCAGCCUUGGCUCGGAGCGAGCUGAGGCAUGAAUGGUCUGGUCUUCGCGGAGCCCCAUGGAGGAGGAGCAGCCGCCGCCGCCGCCGCCUUCCACGCCCACGCCGCCCCCUCUCUCCGCCUCCAAGAUCGCCCAGAUGAGCAACCUGACGAGCCUGGGCGCCGCCCGCGGCGGGGGCAGCCUGCGCCCCGAGGCAGCCCUGGACUCGGACUCGUCGUCCGGCGCUGCGCAGGCCGCGAGCUUCCACGCGGCCGUGAUCUCCUUUACCACCGUGGCGGCCGCGGCGGCCGAGGCGCGGGUGAGCCGGGGCGGCGGCGGCAGCGGCAGCGGCCUGGCUGGGGCCGAGAAGGCCGGGCCGGGCAGCAGCAGCAUCCCCAGCAGCAGCAGCAUCCCCAGUAUCAGCAGCAUUCCCAGCGAGGAUCCCGUCCCGGCGGCGGCGGCGGGGGCGAAGCGGCUGCUCCUGGAGCCCUGGGCGGCCGUGGCGGCGCAGGCGCUCGUGCUGCUGCUCAUCUUCCUGCUCUCCAGCCUGGGCAACUGCGCCGUGAUGGGGGUGAUCGUGAAGCACCGGCAGCUCCGAACCGUGACCAACGCCUUCAUCCUGUCGCUGUCCCUAUCUGACCUGCUCACCGCCCUGCUCUGCCUGCCCGCCGCCUUCCUGGCCCUCUUCACUCGUCACGGCGCUGGCGCCAGCUUCGACGGGCCCCCAGCCGCGCGUCCCUGGCAGCGCUUCUGCGCCGCCAGCCACUUCUUCGGCUCCUGCUUCGGCAUCGUGUCCACCCUGACCAUGACCCUCAUCUCCCUGGACCGCUACAACGCCAUCGUGAGGCACCCCGGGGAGAAGAUGGGCUGGCGAAGGGCGCUGCUGCUCUUGGUCGCCGUUUGGCUCGUGGCCGUAGGUCUCUCUUUCCCCUGGGAUCUGUUGGGGGGCUCUGAGGGGGCCUGGGACGAGGAUGCGCAAGUCGUACCGAAGCAGAGCUUCCACCGCUGCUUAUACGUUUCCUACCCAGGCCCCUCCCGCCUGGGUCCCACCUACAACAUCUGGCUGAUCGUGACCUGUUACUUGUUUCCCUUUGGGAUCAUGUGCUUCUGUCUCUACCAGAUCUGCAAGACCGUGAGAUUGUCGGAAAUUAGGGUGAGGCCGGUGACAACCUACGCCCACCUGUUGCGCUUCUACCGAGAAAUGCGUACAGCGACCACCGUGCUCAUCAUGAUCGUUUUCAUUAUUUUCUGUUGGGGACCCUACUGCCUCCUGGUACUGUUCACAGCUGCAGCCGGGGCCGCGGGUGCCCAGACACCACCAUUCCACCCGGUCCUGAAUACCGUGGCCAUAUGGAUGGCCUGGGCAAACGGAGCCAUAAACCCUCUCAUCUACGCCAUCCGCAACCCCAACAUUUCCAUACUGCUAAGGCACAAGCGGAAGGAGGGUUACAGGACUAGAAACGUAGCCGCCUACUUGUCUAGCCACAACCGAAAUCUGGAGGCCAGAAGCGUCGCUAAUCGUCUCAGAGAACGCUAUGCCCACAGGCUCGGCGUGUGCAGUAGAGUGUCCUCUUGCAGUUCUACUAAUGGCGAAGGAGGAGGGGAUGUGGCUAUGUGGGCUUGUAGAAAUCCAGCCCUACUCUUCUGCCGAGAUGGGCUACCGGACACCGCAUCUGAAGUAGCCAUGCGGGGUAAAACAGCAGACACUAGUCUCUAAAACAGAGUGUGUGUGUGCGUGGAUAGAACCAAGUGCUACCACAGGAGUAUUCCAUCCUUUUCAUUUUAGGGCUAGGGGGAUUCCAUUGAGGUUCACUGGAGUUCCCGAGAACCAAACAUUUUAUACUGAAAGAAAGCAAGACGGGGCGGGGCUUGCCAUUUCCAGAAAGGCUGAUUAAAACAAACACACACACAAAAUUAUGUUUUUGCAAAAGUGCCAAGACUGAUGUAAAUUGCCAAAAAAAAAAUUAAACCAACAUGACUGACCAUUGUGAACUGUAAGUGCCAAAAAAGAGACCAAAAACCAAAUACCAGACCACCUAAAGCCCAUAUGUAUAAGAAUCACACUGUGAAAAACAAAAAUACAAUGUCUUUGAAAGAGGCUAUCGGUAUUUAUUCAAAUGCACAAAAGUUCUCCAGCUAUAGGAUAGAAAAUUAGAUAUUUUUUUAUCAACUUGUAUUAAGAUUGCCUUUUAAAUUACCCAUAUUUAACAAAAUUGACAAUCAGAAUCUACCAAUUUAUAGAAAAUGCAACUUGUGUGUUUUGAGGAUAGGGGAUAAGGAAAGAACAAUUCUUAUACUCACAUAUCUUAUUAUGCUUUCCUCAUGGAUUUAUGGAGGAAGCCGUCCUGCCUGGACCAAAUUCAGAAAUUAGAAAAGAUUAUAUUUACAUAUUAGGUGCAAAACAAACAAACAAAAACACAGUUCAGGAAGAACAAAACCUGCAAGGUAUGACUAUAAGGAUAUAUAAGUGAUUUGAUAAACUGCAAAAUACACAUCUGAUUAAUUCAGUAUUGCCUAUUCAAAUAGUCACCUUAGGAACACUUAAAAACAUAUUUGGUGCUCCCUUCUUUGGUAUGACCUUUAGAAUUUGCCGUGCAUUCUUUUGACUAUCCUUAGUAGCAGCAAAUCUGGAUUCUUUGAAAGUGGGUAUGACUCUUGGAUAAAGUCAAAGGCAAGUAUGAUGAAUAAAGUGGGUGAUCAAGACUAAGAUAAUCUCAUAGCUGAUUACUAUAAAGUAAUGAUACUGGUUUUGUUGUGUAGCAUAUAAUUUAAUUCUGAAGGCAAUUCCGAAAGAGUUCUAGAAAUGGUUGGGGCAGUAGCAACACAAUAUGAACUUAAUAGCUUCCCAGGCUGACUACUCUGAAAAAUAAUGGUCAUUUGAAUGUAGCCAUUUUGAUAUUUUUUAAAAAUCAAGUCUUAUUGCUUUAUAGUUAAAUGGCCCAUAUAACUAUCAUUUUUAAGCCCAACUCACGUUCCAGGCAUAUCUUGGUCAUAUUCUUUAGAGAGAAUGAUUAUAAAUUGGCUAUGUUUAAGGGCAUUGAAUUGUAGGUCUAGAAUGAUAGCUGUACUAUACUGGUCAAGUGGUUAAUUAGAUUGUAUCCAGAAAUUCUGAAAAGUUCUUUAAAAAUUAAUUGCUUGGGGGAAGCUAAGUGGCGAAGUGGCCCUGGAUUCAGGAAGACCUGAGUUCAAAUCCAGUCUCAGACACUUGACACUUAAUAGCUGUGUGACCCUGGGAAAGUCACUUAACCACCCGCCCCCCAAAUUAAUUGCUUGGCUACGGUUAAAAUAAUACAAAAAAAAGAA